GCUACGCACGGCCGCACCAAUCGCAUGUUCGUAUGCACUUGUUGUUCUUCCUCCUUUCACAAUCCAAGCGCACAACAAAAUAUUUUUAAAAAUGUUGGAAAGCAAAUAGUUUAUUGUCUUCAAUUUUUAUUGUAUCACAAAGUAGUGCUUUAUCAAUAAAUUGACAAUUCUUGACCUCACUCGUCUACAAACUCUUAGUAAAUGUAUAAUUGACUUUCAAGGCUAUUGUUUACUACCACUCUACAAAUCAGCUGAUCAGCACGAAUGUGUGUUCCUUGGUAUCGUAGGCAUUAGUCGUUAAAUUAGAAAAACUGCUUUUCUUCCGUUUCUGGCAUAUUUUCAUUGUGACUGUGUGUCAAAAGUGUAGAUUUCAAGGUUAUAAGUCAGUGCUCUCAAGCUAAUUCUAAGAAAUAUCUGAUAAGACGUGCAACUCCUGCAAGUCACUGACACUGUCAGUUUAUAAGUUUGAGAUUUCAGUCAUUCGCGGUGUAAUCCUUUACGCGAGACAUUGUUCUAACAUUCUAGAAUUGAAGAAAGAGAUUUUAUUUGCCUGAAAUCAUGCUGUCGGACAAAUAUAUGUACCGUACUGGAAAUAUCCUUUCGCUGAAUGAGUUGAAAAAGAAGGCUGGGCUUAAUUCCGGGGAUGAAUUGAUCGAAGCAAUAAAAAUAACUCUGGAAGAAAAAAGCAAAGGAGAUGGAGUCAAUAUUAGUAAUGGUGAAGAUAUAAAUCCUGAAAAUGUAGAUAGAAAAGAGAUGAAAAUUACUGUGAAAAUAUUUUUAGCUAAAUCAGAUUCAAAGUCAUUAGAGGAAGCCGUGACGCAAGUUUGUGAAGUUCUGAAAUCUGAUAUAAUUGAGUCUUUGGUAAUAGUUCUUAAUAAAAAUGAAAAUACAGAGGAUAUUCUGCCUUCAUUACAACGCUUUUGGACUGUGCUAGAAGAAUAUUUCAAAAAGGGAAAGCUCAUGAGUAUUGGAGUUAGUGAUAUGGAUACAGAAAAAUUCAUACAACUCUUCAAUUGGGCUAAUGUGAAGCCUAAUAUCAUACAAAUCAACCUUGCAACAUGUUGCGUGGUACCACCUGCUCUUCAAGAAUUCACAAAACAAAAUGAUAUUCAGUUGUUAACUCACAGCGAUCCAGAUCCAAUUUUACCAAAGGAAUCUCUGGCAGAAUUUUUUGGUGAUAAUGCUGAAUUGAAUUGGGUGGCACGUUACCAAGUACACUUAAGGUGUCGAGGAGUUCUUUCUUCUAAGGGCUACUUGAUUCGGGUUGAUAGAUCAACAUGAACAGGAGAAGUGUAGAUUUAUCUAAAUAUUUUACAUUUUAUAUCUGCAAUACAAAUUGUCUUUUGAUAGUUUCAUUGAGGAAUUGAUGCUUGUAGCACUAUUUGUAGGAUUUAUUACGUAAUUGCACCAUCAGAAAAGUGUGUUGCAAUACUCAGGUACUUAGCCUACAUUGUCAACGCUUACUUAAUAAAGCUACAUGUACUUUGUUGAAUUGGAAUCUGAAAUAAGAAAUAGGAAAUCAUUAGUUAAGGAAUAUUUUUUUGUUUCCACAAAUGUUUCAUAUUUUAGAAUUAUUAUACUAACACGUGUAGCUUACGACUCAGGUACAAAUAAGAUGGCGCUUAAAUAUAUUUUACUUGUUUUGUAGUAACAUUUUACACAGAUUAGUGUUGAAUUUUAUAUUGUAUAUAUACAAAACAUCUAAUGAGUAUAAUAAAAUUUAAUUUAAAAUUGAGCGAUUGCUCGAAACCCAGUC